AAAACAAACAGUGCAGUUCUAACUACUGGACCCCACAACACCUCUCCCAUUUUCUUCUUCUAUUCUCUCUACUUCCGCUUCGAUUUAAGUUUCCAAAAACCGCUAAACACCAUUUCCAUUUUCUAUCUCUUUCUCUCUCCCCAUGGCUUCAAACCUUCACCGAAAUGGCGCUCAAAGAGGAAGCGCCAAAUUCGAUCGUCCUCUCAAGCCUCGUCCCCGCGCUUCCUCUCCUUCACCGGGAUCCGGAUUUCGCCGCCCUAACUCCGCCACACGAAAUGACGCCGUGCCUGGAAGAGUUCGGGUGGCUGUAAGAUUGAGACCUCGGAAUGCUGAAGAAGAGAUGGCAGAUGCCGAUUUUGGUGACUGCGUUGAAUUACAACCAGAGCUUAAAAGACUGAAACUUCGCAGAAAUAAUUGGGAUUCAGAUACCUUUGAAUUUGAUGAGGUGCUUACUCAAUCUGCAUCACAAAAGCGUGUCUAUGAGGUUGUGGCUAAGCCAGUUGUUGAGAGUGUCCUUGAUGGCUAUAAUGGGACUGUGAUGGCUUAUGGUCAAACUGGAACGGGAAAAACAUUUACUCUUGGACAACUAGGUGAAGGAGACACCUCAAGUCGUGGAAUCAUGGUGCGUUCCAUGGAGGAUAUUCUUGCCGAUUUAUCUCCAGCUACUGAUUCUGUCACCGUCUCGUAUCUGCAGCUUUACAUGGAGACUCUUCAGGACUUGCUUAAUCCAGCAAAUGAUAACAUUCCAAUAGUCGAAGAUCCAAGAACCGGUGAUGUAUCUUUGCCUGGGGCAACUCUUGUAGAUAUCAGGGAUCAGCAGAGCUUUUUGGAGUUGUUAAGAAUAGGGGAAGCUAAUCGUGUUGCUGCUAAUACCAAAAUGAACACUGAGUCUUCUCGUAGUCACGCUAUGCUGACGGUACAUAUUAAGAGGUCUGUCGUAGAAAGCGAAGAUAUUGUAUCUACUAGUCAAAAUGGUGAUGUCUCGCACUUGAUUAAACCUUCAAAACCACUUGUUCGGAAGAGCAAGUUGGUUGUGGUUGACUUAGCAGGUUCAGAGCGUGUUCAUAAAUCAGGAAGUGAAGGGCUCAUGCUUGAGGAAGCUAAAUCUAUAAAUCUUUCACUUAGUUCACUGGGAAAAUGUAUUAAUGCUCUGGCAGAGAAUAAUGCUCACGUUCCAUUUCGUGAUUCGAAGCUCACCAGGAUGCUCCGAGAUUCUUUUGGUGGCACAGCUAGGACUUCAUUGAUAGUGACUAUUGGUCCAUCUCCACGUCAUCGAGGAGAGACUUCCAGUACCAUAUUGUUUGGCCAAAGGGCUAUGAAAGUUGAGAAUAUGCUGAAAAUAAAGGAGGAGUUUGAUUAUAAAAGCUUGUCACGAAAACUUGAAAUACAGUUGGAUAAGCUCAUUGCAGAGAAUGAGAGGCAGCAGAAAUCUUUUGAGGAUGACAUUGAAAAAAUAAAUUUGGAGGCACAGUGUCGUAUUAUGGAGGCUGAGAGAAAAUUUGCUAAUGAAUUUGAGAAAGAGAAACUGAAAUGCCAGAUGGAGUAUAUGGGAAUUGUAAAGGAGCUGGAACAGAAAUUGGUGUUGAAUCAAGAUAGACACGAUUGUCAUGCUGAUAAUGGAGAGGGGCCUGCACAAUCUUCUGCAGACGAAGUUGCUGAGCUCAAAAUGCUGCUCGAAACUGAAAGCAAUAGAAGAAAGGCAGCUGAAGAAGAGGUGGCACGUCUAAAAUGGCAACUGGAGAAAUAUACACAACCAGAGGAAGGAGGGUGUUUUGAGAUUACAAAGCUUCACAACCUCCUGGAGGAUGAAGCUCAUCAGAAGAAGAAACUUGAAGAAGAAAUAAUAAUAUUAAGAAGUCAAUUAUUGCAAUCGAACUAUGAAAUUGAGCAGAUGAGAAGAUGUUUGGAAGGUGGAAGCUCAGGGAGUACAUUUUCUGCAACAGAUUCCUCUGUGACUCAAGUUAGGCAUUCCCAAUUCAAAGAUGCUGCGAAUGGUCAGAAGUCACCUGUUGCUACACUCUUUGAGCAAGUUGGAUUACAAAAGAUCUUGUCAUUACUGGAGUCAGAUGAUGCCAAUGUACGAAUUCAUGCUGUGAAAGUGGUGGCCAACCUAGCAGCCGAAGAGGCUAAUCAAAAGAGAAUUGUUGAAGCUGGUGGUCUUACUUCCUUGCUGAUGCUUCUUCGAAGAUAUGAAGAUGAAACUGUUCGCAGAGUAGCUGCUGGGGCGAUUGCCAAUCUUGCCAUGAAUGAAGCGAAUCAAGAACUUAUAAUGGCUGAAGGAGGAAUUACUCUGCUGUCAAUGGCUGCAUCUGAUGCCGAAGAUCCCCAAACUCUUCGAAUGGUUGCUGGGGCAAUUGCUAACCUAUGUGGAAAUGAUAAAAUAUUGAUGACUCUGAGAUCUCAGGGAGGUAUCAAGGCCUUACUAGGAAUUGUAAGAUGUGGACAUCCAGAUGUUCUUUCCCAAGUUGCACGAGGAAUUGCCAAUUUUGCAAAAUGCGAGUCUCGAGCUUCUAAUCAAGGGAUAAAAACUGGCAGAUCUAUACUGAUAGAAGAUGGUGCACUUCCGUGGAUAGUACAAAAUGCUAAUAAUGAAGCUGCACCGAUCAGGCGUCACAUUGAGCUUGCACUUUGUCACUUGGCACAACAUGAAGCAAAUGCAAAAGACAUGAUUAGUGGAGGUGCUCUUUGGGAACUUGUCAGGAUUUCAACGGAUUGUUCACGAGAAGAUAUACGGAGUCUUGCUCAUAAGACUCUCAGUUCUAUCACAGCAUUCAAAUCUGAAUUACGACGAUUGCGUAUAGAUUAUUGAUCACAACUCUACCUAGUACUACAUAUUAGUUCUCGUCCUACAACUUGUGAGACCGAUCUACUGGUUCUUCAUAUUCUUUUAAGUGGCAUUGGGGGCAGUUGUUGCAAAUCUUGCUAUUUUUUUUGUACUCAAGAGAAGCAGGGAUUUAGCAUGCACUUUUGUGAUAUCUAGCCAUUACUAACUUAGAAUGUAAGUAUUUAUGUCAGAGAGGGGGAAGUAGAUGAAGUGAGACGUGGUAUUUAUGGGUGGGGCAAAGAAGGUGAGAGAAUAUAUGUCAAGUAAAAUUGGGUUAGUCAAAUUUUGAGUAGCUCAAAUUACAUGGAACUGCCUACUGCUGUAUUUUAAUAUUGAUUUGUGUAAGUAAUGAAAAUUAUCUUAUUUUUUAGCUUCCUGUGCAAGAAAGUAAUCGUUUGAUUUUUC